GCACUAGUGCCGUACCGAGCACAGGUACUGCGUUCCAAAAUAUCAUCAUCACUCAAAUAACAAAAAUUAAAAAAAUUAUAAACAACUGAAAGAACAAAAUGCUGCAAAUUCCCAUCUCUUAUUCUGGAACUAAAGGGAAAUAACACGAAUUUAUCUGAAACUAAAGGGAAGUAGCACAAAUUUAAGCGGAUCAAGGCUAAUAAAUCAGCAGACCUAAAGCCCACGUUAAUCAGUCAAAAUGAGCGCGUAACAACCGGCACCGCCUCGUCGCAAGAGGAAACAAACCUCUCUGCUCUACCUGGCCGUCUCCGCCUCCUUUGGCUUCUCCUCGGCUCCUCCUCGUAUCGCGGGGCUACCAGUCCAACACCGCCGCCUUCGCCACCCAACUCCCACCAAACCAAGCCUUACCCCCACACCCGCCGCGCGGCCCCGGCCCGCAAUGGCGCGCGGGCCGGCUAAGAAGCGUCGGCGCGAGUCGUCGCCCCCAGCCGCCGCCGCGGCGUGCGGCGGGAGGAAGCUCCUCACCGGCGAGCACGUCGAGGUGCUCAGUUGUGAUCCAGGGCUAUGUGGCUCGUGGCAUCAAGCUGUUGUUACUGGUAUUUUGGACAAUGCUCGUACUGUAAGAUAUAUUGAUUUCAUUGACGAAAAUGGAUUGCCUCUUGUCGAGAAUGUUCAAGUGUCAGAUGCCAUUGAUGGCAAGUCAAGUAUGUCACUUGCCACUGAUGGCAACUCAAGCAUGGCUGGGGAACUCAUUCGUGGGACUGUAAGGCCGAUUUGUCCACAUCAACCAUUGCAGGUAUCGGAAGCAAGCUAUGGGCUCUGUGUUGAUGCAUUCUUGGAAGGAUCCUACUGGGAAGGUGUCAUUGUUGAUCAUGCUCAAGGCUCCACGGAAAGGAAAGUCCUUUUUCCAGAUGAAGGUGAUGAAUGCAAUAUAGGGGUUGAUAAGCUACGACUUACUCAAGACUGGGAUGAAGUUACAGGGAAAUGGAAACCACGUGGAAUCUGGUUGUUUCUCCAGAUGCUAUUGGCACAUGAAGAGAGAGAUGGUUUACCUGUAUCAGUCAGGCAGAUAUGGUUUGACAUGAGAUCAAAACCUGCUUUUAGGACUGAUGCCAAAAUGUGGAUGUGCCGAACAGAAGCUUUUUGGGAGAGAUCACUUGCCAAUCUCAUUGCUGAGUUGUGGUCUAUAUGUGGCAGGCCUACCAUAGAUGGAUAUCAAGUUGAAACCUAUUCUACAGUGGUAGAAGGUUCAAACUCAGCAGCCUUUCAAAAGGAGAGAGUUGAGACCACUGUCUUGGAUAAGCUGGAUCCUAAUCCAGCUGUUCUCUUCCAAACCUUGUCAGAAUACACCUCAUGCUAUCGCAACAAUAAAAGGAAAAGUGCUCUUGUCAAAAAGGAGUUGGCAAAGCAACACCUUAAAUCUUUAGGAUGGACCAUGCUGGAUGACAGAGGUAAGAACAAGUUUUACAUCUCACCUGAUGGUAAGAGGUUCCCAUCUUUUCUAGGAGCAUGUGAGGCAUGUUUAGCAUCAAAAGAAGCAAACGCUGACCAACAUUCUCACACAAAUAAUUUGCUUCUAGAUAGUGCUAGUGUGGUGCACAAGAAUGCACAUUACAUCCCAACCCGCAUGGAUCUCAUCUUGAGAGAGAACAAGUCCAAUGAUAAAUUAAUCGAAACUUCAUCAAGACCUUGGGAGUCAGUUCAACUGGAUGCACAAUUUUCCCCGCAGAUAGUAUCACUUCUUGCUAAUUACCAAGAUGGCACUACUGUUCUACAGAGGCGAAUCAACAGAACUCAGAGUUUAAUGUUGAAGAAGCAUCUGCUGGCAUUGGGCUGGAGUAUUGAGUUCAAAAUUGAUGAAAUGAUUCUAGAAAAUGGCCAUCAUAAAAAUAUUAUGAGAUACAGGUACGUGUCACCUGACGGGAAAACUUAUGCUUCUGUCAUUCAGGUAAUAUGCAGCUUCAUAGUUGGAAGUGUUAAACAAGUUGAUGGAAACAGAGUGGACAAUAUAACUGACAGGCACAAUCAUCGGACAGCACCAAAAGAAGAUGUUCAUGCGACAGUGUCGACAGACCUGGCAAGGCUUGGUAAACGUAAACGAGGGGAUAAAUUUGGUGCCCUUGGAGAAUACAUACACUAUAUGGAAGCUGAUAAGCAAAACUCCAGAACAAGGAAACUGUUGAGAUCAAACGCUAAGAAGUUUCUCAAAUCUGCUGGAUGGAAUUUUUGGCUAAAGCAGAAGUCUAGAAGCAAACUCGAGUUGAGGUAUAGUGCUCCACAUGGCAAGUCCUACAACUCUCUAGUGGCAGCAUGUAAAGGAUACCUAGAAAAAGAAUAUGAAGAGAACAGUGAUACAAGCUUUGGAAGUGCCGACCAGGAUUCUACUGAUGGUUCUAUGCAUCCAUCCAAAUUGAUAGCACUCAGUGGUCGGCUAAGGGAUUCAAGUAGAAGGCAGGAUAUGCCAGUUUUGGACAGAUGUAAUAACAUGUUUACCUUAUCUACACGUCAUGGAAAAUCUAGGAAAAGAAAAUCAUCUUCAGUUCCUUUGACACCUUUUCUUUGUUCAAGACAUGGACGGGCCCUUCCAAGUCAGCAUCGUGCGAAGACAGUUUUGUCUUUGUUGAUAGAGAAAAAUAUUCUGUUACCAAGAGAUAAGGUUAUCUAUAAGCAAAUAAGUGAUGGACCUGGGAUAAAAGAAGGUUCUAUUAGUAGAGAUGGAAUAAAAUGCAUGUGUUGCAACGAAAUAUUCACUAUGGAGAAUUUUGAAUUUCAUUCUGGGAGCAAUACUCCAUUACCUUCCACUCAUAUGUUUUUAAAGGAUGGAAGAUCCCUAUCACAGUGUUUAGUUGAAUUCAUGGGCGGAAACAAGCCCAGAGCUUCAUUGCAUGUGCGCUUGAAGGGGAGAAAUUCUGAUCUGGAAAGUGAUUCAAUAUGCUCCGUGUGCCAUGAUGGUGGGGAACUAUUACUGUGUGACAAUUGUCCAUCAUCUUAUCAUCAUGACUGUGUCGGUUUGGAGGCCAUUCCAGAAGGAAGCUGGUACUGCCCAUCCUGCAGAUGCAGUAUUUGUAACUUGAGUGAUUAUGAUCCUGAUAGCAGCCAAUUCACGGAGAAGACAAUAGUGUACUGUGAUCAGUGUGAACGAGAAUAUCAUGUCGGUUGCACUAGAAAUAAUGGCCAUCAGCUUAUCUGCCGACCAGAAGGGUGUUGGCUUUGCAGCAGUGGAUGCUCGAAGAUAUUUCAACAUUUGCAAGAACUCAUUGGGAAAUCAGUUCCAACUCCAGUUAAAGGUUUAUCUUGUACUAUCUUGAGAUUUUAUAGAGAAAAUGGCAGUGACCGUGGUCAUUAUGAUGAUGCAAUAAUGGCAGAACAUUAUGGCAAGUUGUGCAUUGCGCUUGAUGUUCUUCAUGAAUGCUUUGUUACUAUUAUUGAGCCUCGCACACAGAGUGAUAUUUCUGAGGAUAUUGUCUUCAAUAGAGAAUCGGAACUCAGACGAUUAAAUUUUAGGGGUUUCUACACAAUACUUCUCCAUAAAGGUGGUGAAAUAGUAUCUGUCGGCACUUUUAGGAUAUGCGGGCAGAAAUUUGCUGAGCUGCCUCUGAUUGGUACAAGAGUUUCAUAUCGUCGACAAGGGAUGUGCCGACUUCUAAUGAAUGAACUGGAAAAGUUGCUUUUUGACUUGGGGGUGGAAAGACUUCUGUUACCGGCAGUUCCCGAACUUCUGGAAACGUGGACAGGCUCAUUUGGUUUCACAGUGAUGUCGAACUCUGAUAGGAUUGAGUUGGCAGAGAACAGCAUUCUCAGUUUCCAGGGAACCACCAUGUGUCAGAAGGUUUUAAAUGUUGCAUGCAACAAUCUGCAAGAUCAAAAUGUUCCAUCGUUGUCCAACUCUGGGUUGGCAGACAAAAAAUUUCUGAGUUUUGACAAAAGAACUAUAUGUGACAAGGCUGUAGAUAUUGCAUCCACUCAUUCAGACAUGUUGAAUGGAACAACGAUUUCUCUUAGUUUCAACAGAACAACUGUAUGUGACAAGGCUGUAGAUAUUGCAUCCUCUUGUUCAGAAGUAUUGAAUGGAACAGCGAUGCCCACCUCUGACAGAGAAUUGGCUGAAAACUCCAGUCUCUAUUCUCCUGGAAGCAGUUUAUGCCAGAAAGUUAUCAACACGUGCAGUUAUCCAGAAGGAUUAAAUGGGUUUGAUUACCAAGUGGAAGACAGUGGCAUCAUUGGUGAGACCAUGGAAAGUGAUUGUCAAGAAGGCACUUCAAUAGUGAUAGAAGGGAUGGAGCAACUGGAGCCAGAGCUGGUGCAUGAAAUUCAGAAUAACAGCGGUGAAGAGGGCAUUUGUUCCAUUGAUGGUCUGAAUAGUAUGCCAGACCCUCAAGUUGGUUUGGCAGUGGAGCCAGAGCUGGUACUGAAAAUUCAGAAUGACAGCGGUGAAGACGGUAUUUGUUCCAUUGAUGCUCCGACUAGAACGCCAGACCCUCGAGUUGGUUUCACAGUGGAGCCGGACCUGGUACUGGAGAUUCAGAAUAACAGCGGUGAAGAGGGUAUUUGUUCCAUUGAUGCUUCGACUGGUGAGCAAGUUGGUUUAACAGUGGACAUGCAUCAGCAACCGUAUGGCAGUGCCGGUGCAGAUCAGUGCAGCGAGAAUUGCACUUUGCCUGAUGAGGCUCAGCCUGUAACACGAAACACAGCUCCAAGAUUGAAAUACAAGUUCUCAGGAAAAUGCUACGAGCGGGUCAAAAACGGCGCUCCCCCUAGGAAUGUCUGGCUCAGAGUCUCCACGAAAUAAUAACCAAGGGUGGAUCCACUGGAGCUGUGGAUGUAAGAGGAUGAAUUUUGCGGAAUAAACUAAGCCGUCAUCAUCGGCUUGGCCUUGUCUGUGCGCCAGUCGAAACUAACCUAACCAGGCUACGGAAGUGAUUGUGUAGUGUACUAGUAUGUUGCUUACUUGUUUGACAAUGUAAGUUAAGGAUAUCGACCUUAAGUCGGCUAUAAGGAGGAGAAUAUGUUGGAUCAA